GGGAAGCUGGGGUCGCGGCUGGGAGCAGCUCGGCGCUGACGGCCUCGCUCCUCUGGUCCAUCAUCAUCGUUUCUUUCGCCAUCCACUGUUAGCAUGGCUCUGAGAAGCGUCUCUGCUCGGCUGCUGAACCGCAGACUGGGCCUACGCGUCCUGCGCACGGGGGUCUCCACAGCAGUGCAGACCGAGAAAGGCGGGAGGACACAGAGCCGACUGGCCAAAUCCUCGCGACCCCAGUUUGACUGGCAGGACCCACUGGUGCUGGAGGAGCAGCUGACGGUAGAUGAGACUCUUAUCAGGGACACCUUCCGCACCUACUGCCAGGAGCGACUCAUGCCUAGAAUCCUGUUGGCCAAUCGCAACGAAGUUUUUCAUCGCGAAAUCAUCUUGGAGAUGGGAGAGCUGGGUGUGCUGGGCCCCACCAUCAAAGGGUAUGGCUGUGCUGGGGUCUCAUCUGUGGCCUAUGGGCUCCUGGCUCGAGAGCUGGAGCGGGUGGACAGUGGCUACAGAUCAGCAAUGAGUGUCCAGUCAUCCCUUGUCAUGCAUCCUAUCUACACCUAUGGCAGUGAGGAACAGCGGCAGAAGUACCUGCCUCGACUGGCCAAGGGGGAACUUCUGGGCUGCUUUGGGCUCACAGAACCCAACUGUGGGAGUGACCCCAGCAGCAUGGAGACCAGAGCUCACCACAACCCAUCCAACAAGAGCUACACCCUCAAUGGGACCAAGACCUGGAUCACCAAUUCGCCUAUGGCCGACUUGUUUGUAGUAUGGGCUCGGUGUGAAGAUGGCUGCAUCCGGGGCUUCCUGCUGGAGAAGGGGAUGCGGGGUCUCUCAGCCCCCAAGAUUGAGGGCAAGUUCUCUCUCCGUGCCUCGGCCACAGGCAUGAUCAUCAUGGAUGGUGUGGAGGUGGCAGAGGAGAAUGUGCUGCCCAACACAUCUGGCCUGGGGGGUCCCUUUGGCUGCCUGAACAAUGCCCGGUAUGGCAUUGCCUGGGGUGUGCUUGGAGCUGCUGAGUUCUGUUUGCAUAUGGCUCGGCAGUAUGCCCUGGACAGGAUCCAGUUUGGAGUUCCACUGGCUAGGAACCAGCUGAUCCAGAAGAAGCUGGCUGACAUGCUCACUGAAAUCACGCUGGGCCUCCAUGCCUGCCUGCAGCUUGGCCGCUUGAAGGAUCAGGACAAGGCUGCUCCAGAAAUGGUCUCUCUGCUGAAGAGGAAUAACUGUGGGAAAGCCCUGGACAUCGCCCGUCAGGCCCGAGACAUGCUGGGGGGGAAUGGGAUUUCUGAUGAAUAUCACGUGAUCCGGCAUGCCAUGAACCUGGAGGCUGUGAACACCUAUGAAGGUACACAUGACAUUCAUGCUCUGAUCCUUGGAAGAGCUAUCACAGGAAUUCAAGCAUUCAAGGUUGGCAAGUGAACAUACUUCACCAUGGUGCUCUGAAGCCUCUUCCCAGAGAGACACCAGGUUGGUCUCUGGGAAUGUUGCACUAUGAGUUUAUAAGGAAAGUGGUAGAUGGAGCUAACUUUUAUGGUGGGAAUGGGAAAUUUCCUUUCUGAAGUUGUUCAGAUGUGCUCCUUAAAAAGAAGAUGAAAAUGGAAUUCUCUGUAGAGUUUCAUAGUCCACUUAACCAUGGAUGAGAGUAGACUCUGUUUACCUUGGAACAGAAGCUUCUCUUGAGGGAAGGAGAAUGACCCUGAAAGCAGCUUCCUCAAGACCAUAGUGGUGUCUGCUUAGUCAGACAUUCACUCCAAGGGUUCACUGUGUGCCCUCUUACCCUCCCAUCGGGGGUAGUGCCUUAUGGUGAAUGUUGGAGCAGAACAGGGGAGAGGAAAAUAAAGAAUCUGCAUGUCUGA